UCCACGCAUCUUGUAGUUGCAUUUAACCAUCUUAUACAUAUAGACAUAUAGUGAGAGGAAACAGAUCAGUUUUUCCUGUAGCAUACAUAUGUAAGCUACAUUGCGCGCAUAAACAUGGCUGCUUUAAGAUCCUUCAACAAUCUUCUAGCCCUUUCUCUAUUCACCACCUUGUGUCUACUUAUUACUCUUCCAGGGGCCAAUGGUGAUGAUUGGUUCCAGUCGCAUAUUGCUACGCAGAACUGGUUAAACCACGGUGGUAAUUUGUACAACACAAGAUAUGCCAGCAAGGAGACCAAGAUCAGCCCUACAACGGUUUCGAACCUCCGCCUGAAGUGGAAGUUCUUUGCAGGUGACCAUAUAACUGCAACGCCGGCAACCUACGAUGACAAGCUUUAUUUUCCGAGCUGGAACGGUUACAUCUACGCCGUCAAAGCGUCCGAUGGAUCCCUUAUUUGGAAGAAGAAUUUGCUAACCUUGACCGGCCUUAAUACAACCGGUUUCGUUUUUGCCAUCAACACUACGGUGUCCAGAUCAACCCCGACGAUUGCUGGUGAUCAUGAUGAGCUGCUGAUCAUUGGACUGCAUGCACCUGCGGUUGUUAUUGCCGUGGAAAGGUCAACAGGGAAGCUUGUUUGGUCAACGUCUCUUGAUAGCCACCCCGCAAGUAUUAUAACCAUGUCAGGCACUUACUACAAAGGGAGUAUUUAUGUUGGAACGUCAUCGCAAGAAGAAUCUGUCACCGUUGAGAAAUGUUGCACAUUUCGUGGCAGUCUUGCUAAGUUGGAUGUCAAAUCCGGCGUUAUUAUGUGGAAAACUUUCAUGUUGCCGGAUAAUCAUGGAGACUUGGGACAAUACUCCGGAGCUGCAAUCUGGGGAAGUAGUCCAUCCAUCGAUGUCUUCAGAAAACAUGUCUAUAUUGCUACUGGAAACACGUAUUCAGUCCCCGAAAAUGUGAGUCUAUGCCAAGAAAAUCAGAACAAUUCAACCUUGCCUACUCAUUCAGAUUCGUGCAUUGAGCCCGACAACCAUGGCAAUUCAAUCCUAGCACUUGAUAUGGACUCUGGCGAAAUUAAAUGGUACCACCAGUUGGGCGGCUACGAUGUAUGGUUUUUGCAAUGUCUGUUUAAUACUUCGACCUGCCCUCCUGGACCUAAUGUGGAUGCUGAUUUUGGGGAAGCACCUAUGAUGCUUAGUGCACAAGUCAAUGGGAGCAAGCUAGAUUUAGUUGUUGCCGUUCAGAAAAGCGGGUUUGCAUGGGCUCUAGAUCGGAAUAAUGGCAGCCUUGUGUGGUCUACGCAAGCUGGGCCUAGUGGCAUUGGUGGAGGAGGAAUUUGGGGAGCAGCUACUGAUGCGAAAAGGGUAUACACCAACAUUGCUAAUUCUGGUGCCAAAAAUUUCACUCUCAAGCCAUCGAACAAGAUAACGACUUCGGGUGGAUGGGUGGCAAUGGUCUCUGGCAGUGGCGAGAUUCUAUGGUCAACAGCGAAUCCCAGCAAUGCAACUUCUUAUGGACCAGUUAGCGUAGCUAAUGAUGUCCUUUUUGGUGGAUCCACAAGCCCAAAAGGGGAGAUAUACGCCAUGGACGCCAAGACUGGCGAAGUUUUGUGGUCCUAUGUCACCGGAGCAACCGUGUAUGGUGGCAUGUCCAUAAGCAAUGGUUGCAUUUACAUUGGCAAUGGAUAUAGACCUCCAUUUACUGCUGGAACCUCGUUGUUCGCCUUCUGUGUAACAUAAGCAACUCUAUAUAUGUAUAAUAAGGCAUCUCCAAAUAACAACGUAGAUGUAAAACCAAAUGAAUAAACUUUGAUUACUAU